AUGUCAGUGCCAACUCGGCCAGCCCGAGCACCAGACCGCUGCUUUGGCAGUCGGUGUUCCCCAGGCCAAGUUGUCAGACAUCAAAAGCGCAAUAGCACUGCUCUAGCAACACGACACAUGUAUGUCUCAAACAUUUUAUCAGAUGCCAGUACUCGAACAAUCUUACGUUUCUCUGGCCAGUGA